AAAAGUUAUUGAGCGGAUUGAAAGUUUUAGUGCGUCAACUAUUUUAAAUCUAAAAUGGGUUGAUAUUAAAAUGAUAACGGAAUAUAUUACAUUACAACUUAAUGCUAGCGAAACUAUAAAUAAUCGUGGUUAUAGAAUUAUUGAUGGUGAAAUUAGGGGCAAUUCUAUAUAG